AGUUUUGUGCGUGUUCUGCUCAGGCUAGGGAGUGUCGUUGUGACUUAUUACGCAGUGCGUUGCCUGCGCCUCUGCAACCUGGAGUAGCUUGUCGUUCUCUCACAAGAUUCUUCUAACGCGUAAAACCGUGCACCUAAGACCGCCAAAACAUUUCGUAUUGAACAUGCUAUUGCUGGAACGUUUGUUCCCGAAUGGCCGUUAGCACAAACCACUUUUCGAAUUAACGGCGUACAUUUGAACGUCAUUGGUCUCUUAUAUAUUCGGUGGUAAUCUAUUAUCGGUUCCAGCUCUUAGCGCACUGCAUACCCCGCUCGCGUUUCCUCUCGAUCCCUUCAUGUGUGCAUUGUAAGCUGCUUACAACUUAGUGACUUUUGAGUCGACUCAAAAGUCACCUCGCUCGCGUUACCACUCAAUCCCUUCAUGUGUGCAUUGUAAGCUUUUGAGGCGCCUCAAAAGUGCAUUGUAAGCUGCUUACAAGUUUCAGAAAUGUUUCGCGUCGGAGCGCCCACUGCUGCAGGGGGAAGCGCCUUCGCGCAGUCGAUGGUCGGGCAGCGACGCGUGUACGCGGGAAGCGGCGGUUUCGCCGACUCCCCUUCAAAUGCCGGAAACGGUUUCGUCGAGUCGCCUUCAGAUGCGGAUAAGGAGAUCGCAACGUCGCAGUCGCCAUUAAUCGCCAAUCGCCGCAACGGCGAUACCGAGGAGAAAAACCAUUUUCCGGCGGAAAAGGGCGGCGCGCGCAACUCGCCGCGAAGGAGCGUGGACACGGCAUCGGCGGCCGAGUACGCGGACCUGGAGAACGAUGCUUUGAGGCGUCUUAAAACGCGGCAUUUAACCAACUCGCCGCGCCGGAGCGUGGACGCGGUGUCGGCUGCUGAGUACGUGGACUUUGAGGACGAUGACGUGGACUCAGCAGCCGAGUCGUUCUUCACUGACGGCGGGUCCAACUUUAACGCUAGCCCUUGCCACUUGUUUACGGACGGAGGGUCCAACACCAACGCCAGCCCUUAUCAUUUGCUUGCUGACGGAACGGGAGGAGGAGGAGAAAGCGCAGAGGGAGGAGACGGAGGACGGCCCAACACCAAGGCCAGCCCUUGCCGCUUUUACAUCGUCGGAGCGGGAGGCGAAAGAGGAGAGGGACGUGAGGGAGGGUUACGGCGAGAGAGAGGAGAGGAAGGAGGAGGGUCAGAGAAGGAUGAGGGAGGAGAGGACGAGGGGAGCGGAGUUGCAUCAUUAAGAAGGUCCAUGGAUCCUGCAACAGCAGCAUCAUCAUCAACAGCAGCAGCAGCAGCAGUAGCGGCAGCGGCAGCAACAGCAGCAGCAGGUGUGGACCUUACAGCUAUAGCUUUGGAGGGGGAGGAGGAGGAAGAGCCUUAUACGGUAACUGACAACAUGCCCCUGGACCUUGUGACUAUAGCGACGGGAGGCGAGGAGGAGGUAUCCGAUGAGGAGGAGGGGGAGGAAGGGGAGGAGGGAGGGGAGGAGAAAGGGGGCCACCAGGACUAUGGCGCAAGUCAAGAUGAUCUUGGGGCCGCCUGGGAGGGCAGACGAAACUUCCCGGAAUUGGGAGAGAUGAGGGGCAGCAGCUUCUUGGAAAGUGCGUUUACAGGCGGGCGGGCGAAGCAGCAGCUGAGCUUGUCAGGGGUACUGAAGAGCGGGUUCGGAAGCAAUAUGGGCGGCAGUGUGGGCGGCAACAUGGAUGCUGCUUUAAGUGGAAACAGCUCCGCUGUUGCAAAGCUGGUUCAAGAGCUCAAGGACUCCCAGGCUCGGAAUGCCGAAGCUGAGGCUCGGAUAGGAGAGGUCGAAGCACAGAGCAGGGAUCUCCGAGAGGACUUGGACAAGGCUGAGGCUCGGCAGCGGGAGCUGGAGGUUCGGCACGAGGCUGCACAGGCUCGGAUGCAGCAUAUGAGAAAGCAGCUGGCGGAAACACAGGGGGAACUAUUCCAGGCGCGGCUGGAAGCAGGGGGGAGGGGGAGAGGCGGGGGAGGCGGAGGGGGCGGGGCAGGGGGAGAGGGAGGGGAAAAGGGGGAAGGCGCAGGCGGGGGAGGAGGGGAUGGGGGAAGGAAGAAGAGUCCCCUGGGGGGAAUAGGGCGCGCGCAUGUGACUGGGGGGUAUGCCUCUGCCAUGGCAAAGUUAAUAGAGGAAAUGCAGGAGUGCGAGGCUCGGUGUGCCGAGGCUGAGGCUCGGAAUAAGGACGCGGAGGCUCGGAUCAAGGAGUCCGAGGCUCGGAUCAGGCUCGGGGAGGUUCGGCACAAGGCGGCGACGCAGUGGCUGGAGAUGACGGAGCAGCGACUGGUGCUGACUCAGCGCCAGCUCAGCGAGGCCCGGAGUGAGCUGGCGGAGGGGCGGAAACAGCUGGAGCGGGCGCAGGGACAGCUGGAGGGGGAGAGGGCGAGGGCGGGGGAGAUGGAAGGGCAAGUGGGGAGGCUUAGGGGGGAGGUGGUGAGAUUGCGGGGGGAGAGGGAGAAGGAGAGGGGGGAGGCGGAGAGGGUUAGAGGGGAAGGGGAGGAAUUGAGGAGGAAGGUUGCUGCAGCAGAAUUAGCUUUCCAACACGCUACGGUGCAGCUGCAGCAGGAGCAGCAGCGGGCAGAGGAGGCAGCGGAGGCCAUGGGCGAGAUGGAAAGGAGAGUGGAGGAGAGGGUGGAGGAGGAGCGGGUGUUGAGAGCUGAGAUUGAAGCGGCAGCAGUGCGGCGAGUGCAGGAGCUUGAAUCAGAGCUGGACUCGUUAAAAGCUGAUUCGGAUCAACGCUUGAAGGCGUUGCAGCGUGAGUUGGCAGCACGAGAGGAGCAAGAGAAGGAAGGGGAGAGGGAAAGGGAGAAGGAGAGGGCGCGGGGGAGGGAACUGGAGGAAAGGAGGACGGAGGAGAGGUGGAGAGAGGCUGAGGAGGGAAGAUCCCGGGCAGAAGAAGCUCUCAGAAGGGCAGAAGAAAGUUUGAGGCGGGCAGCGGAGGAUGGAAAAGCGUUAGAUGAUGCAAAAAAGAGGGCAGAGGAGGAGCGAGGGGCGGCGGAAGAGGCAAGGACGAAGGCAGAGGAGGAGAGAGCAGCGGCAGAAGAGGCCAAAAAGAAGGCAGAGAGGUCGACGAGGCGAGGUGAAUCGGAGAGAAAGAAAGCAGUGGCUGAGAGGGAUAGAGUGGUGAAGGAGAGAGACAGGGUUAUAGAGGAGAGGGAGGAGGCGCUAGGGCAAGCAACGAAGGCGAGAGAAGGGAUGGAGGAUGCAGAGAGGAGGCUCGGGGAGAUGGGGAGAAGGGUAGAGGAGGUUAAGAAGGAAAGAAACGAGAUGGGGAGGAGGGUAGAGGAGGUGGUUGAGGCGAAGGGGGAAGUAGAGAGGCGGCUUGAGGAAGUAAAGAAAGAGAGGGAUGAGAUGGGGAGGAAGGUAGUGGAGAUGGUGAAAGCGAAGGGGGAAGUGGAGAGGAAGUUAGCGGAGGUUAAGAGAGAGCGGGAUGAGAUGGGGAGGAGAGUGGAGGAGACGGUAAAGGCCAAGGGGGAAGUGGAGAGGAGGUUAGCGGAGGCUGUGAGAGAGAGGGGGGAGGAGGAGAGGGAGAGGGACAGAGUGACUGAGGGGAAGUGGGCGGUAGAGCAGAGGCUGGCUUUUGUGACUGCAGAGAAGGACGAGAUGGAGAGGAAGUGUGCUUGUAUUGAAAGGGAGAGGGAAGAAAUGGGGGAGGCAAAGAGGGUGACUGAAGAGAGGGCUGCUGGACUGGAGAGGCAGCUGCGUUCGUUAGAGUCACAAAAGGGAGAGAUGGAACGGCAGAUGCUUCUGUUACAAUCACAAAAGAGUGACAUGGGGCAGAAAGUACUUUUGUUACAGUCACAAAAGAGUGAAAUGGAGGGGAGGUUGGGCGAGAAGGAGCGGAGAGUGAAGGACCUGGAGAACAACCUGCAGCAGAGGGCUCAGGAGAUUUCAACAAAGGCCCAGGAGUUUCUGCAGAAGGCUCAGGCGGUUUCCCAGCUGCAGCAGGAGAUAGGGAAGCUGAAGAAAAGCAUGAGGGAGAAGGAGAGGGAGGUGGGGAGGAUGGAGAGGGAAGGGAGGGAGAGAGAGGGGAGGGUCGCUGAGCUAGAGAGGCAGUUGGGGGAGAAGGAUAAAGAGAUGGGGGAUAUGAGGGAGAGGAUAGAGGGGAGGGAGAAAGAUAUAGUUGUUUUGGGAGGUAAGGUGAAGGAGCGGGAAAAGGCGAUUGAAGGGCUUGAGGCUGAGGUGAGAGGAAAGCAAGAGGAGAUAUGUGGGUUGGAGAGCAGACUAGGAGGGAGGGAGAGGGCGGUUGCUGACUUGACAGCAGCGGCGGCAGCGAGAGAGGAAGUAGUGGCGGGUUUGAAGGAGCGGGUCGAGAAGGGAGAGAGGGAGGCUGCUGAAUUAAAGGCAGAGGCGGGGAGGCGGGAGAGGGAAGUAAGGGAGCAAGAGGAGGAGGUGGAGGAUUUGCAAGGUAAAGUGGGCAGAGCAGAGGGGGAGAUUGCUGCUUUGCAAGCAGCUUUAACUGAAGCCCAGGUGGCUUAUAACGAGUCACAAGACGCUUUAGAGGGGACAAGGGACUCUCUAAACGCAUCCGAGCAGGCUCUAGCUGACGCCAGGUUGGAAUCUGCCGCCCUGAAGGAGCACCUGGCGAACCUGGCAAACCACCUGGCAACAACAGAGAGGAACCUGAGCGGCAAGGACGAGCACCUGAGCAGCAUUGCGAGGCACCUGGCGGCCACCACAGAGGACCUGGCUGCUGUACAGGGCGAGCGUGCAGCGGCACGGGAAGAGGUGGAGCAGUUGAGGGGCGAGGUGGGUCAACUACAGGGGAAGCUAGGUUGCGUGCAGGGGGAACGUGCAGCGGUACAAGAGGAGGCGGAGCGGUUGAGAGCGGUGAUAGGAGCGACAGAGGAAGAGAAAAAGGGACUGCAGAUGGAGGUUGGAGCGGUGCAGAAGGAGUUUGAGCGGUUAAGAGAGGAGGCGGAGCAACUACAGGGGAAGCUAGGCCGUGCGCAAGGGGACCUUGGAGCCGCUCUAGAGGAAGGUGAACGGUCACGGGGUGAGGUUGAACAGCUGAGGGGUGAACUCAGGGGUGUUUUGCAAGAGAAGGAGACUGUAACGAGGGAAGCUGGGGAGCUUAUAGAGAGGACAGAGGCCUUGGAGCGAGAGCAGGAGGAGCUGAGAGGCGAACUGGCUGCAAGGCAGCAGGAGGUGGGGAGGGUGCAAGGCCAGCUAGGGGCGGCACAGCAGGAGGCAGGCAAGCUGCAGCAGGCACUUGGGGCAGCGGAGAGGGAGAAGGAGAGGCUCAUGGGAAUGGUGAGGGCGAGUCAGGCGGAGGUCAGAACACGUGAGGAGGAGGUAGGGAGGCUCCAAGGUGAGCUAGGUGCAGCACAGGAGGAAGUAGGGAAGCUGCAGCAGGUGAUAAUCUCGACAGAAGCUGAGGCUGCAGGGCUAGCCCGGAGAAAACAGGAGGAGGUGGAAAGGGUGCAAGGCCAGCUAGGGGCGGCAGAGGAGGAGGUGGAGCAACUGCAGCAAACGCUAGCGGAAGCAGAGAGAGAGAAGGAGAGGCUCGGGGGGGUGGUGAAGGCGGGGGAGGAGGAGGUGGAGAGGGUCCAAGGGGAGUUGGAGUCGGUUUCAAUGGAGUUGGAAGGGGUGAAAGGCGCGCUGGAGAAGGCUGAAGAGAGAGCGAGGAGAGGGGAGGAGAGAGGGAGGGAGCUGGAAGUACAGUUAGAAGAGGCCAAUUCCGGGAUAGGGGAGUUGGAAGGUAAAAGAGAAGAGCUAAAGGAGCAGUUGAGCCGGGCUAGAUCUGACCUGGGGGAGUUGGAAGAUCAGUUGAGUAAGUUAAAGUCCGAAGUGGUUAAGUUAGAAGGGAUGUUGGAGGGGCAGGAGGGAGAAAAGGCGCUGCUGCAGCAGCAGCUGGAGCAAGCGAGGGAGGAGUGUGGGAGAGUGGAGGGGGAGAGGAGGAGAGAGGAGGAGGGGAGGGUGCGUGCAGAGAGCGAGAGAGAUGAGGCGAGGAAGGAAGUAGAGGAGAGAAAGAGAGUGCUCGUGGAGAGGGAGAAAGAGAUAGAAGAGAGGAAGCAGGAGUUGAAGGAGAGAGGAAGGGACCUGGAGGAGUCACGAAGAGAAGCAGAGGGAUUGCGAGGGCAAGUGAGAACCACGAGUGAGGAAUUGGAGAAGGUGAGAGGAGAGCUAGACGGGGUGAGGGGUGAGCUAGAGUGCCGUAGAAAAGACCUGGAGACGACGAGAGGGGACCUGGAAGGUGCGAGGAAGGGUCUGGAGAGGAGCGAACGGGAGGUCGAGGGAACUAAGGGGGAGCUGGAGAGGGCAAAGGGGGAGAUUGAGCAAGCAGGAAGGUGUAUGGAGGAGCAGGAGGGGCGGAUUGGGAAGCUGGAAGGCCGAUUGGGUGAGAUGCAGGGGCAGUUGGGAGAAGCAGAGAAGGGCCUAAGUGAGAGGGACGAGGCUCUGAGAGAGAAGCAAGAGAUAGUGGUGGGACUCCAAGACUUGGUUGAGAAGGGGGCACUAGAAGGGGCGAAGAGGGCACUGGAAGGGGAGAAAGAGGUACUGGAAGGUUUGAAGGGGGUGCUAGAAGGGGCGAAUGAUGGGUUGAGGGAGAGGGCCGCAGAGACAGAGAGGAGGGUUGCUGAGGUGGAGUCGGAGCGGGAUGACGUGGCGGCGCGCGCGGCUGCCAGGGUGGCGGAUGUCGAGGCUGACCUGGCGGAGAGGCGUGGUGAGCUGGCGCUGGCGAAUCAGGAGCUGUCGGUGCGCGCGGGGCAGAUUGCUGAGCUGUCGUCCCAACUGGAAGAGGCCAAGGCUACAGUGAAGCACCACACGGACCGCAUUCGCAUGCUGGACAUGGUGUGCGCGGUGAGGGAGGAGGAGAUGAAGAAGCUCGAGGAGCAGCAAGGGGCCGCGAGGCAGGAGGCCUACGAGAGGCUUGUGGACCGGGAUCAACAGAUCUUUUCUCUGAAGGCGAAGCUCCAAGCAGAGUCGACCACCCUGUUUGAGGCUAGGAACAAGAUUCAAGUUCUGGAGAGGUCAAAGCAGCGCAUGCAGGCAUCGCUAGCCGAGGCCAAGGAGCAGAUGGAGGCGGUGGUACGGGAGAGGGACGAGGCAAAGGCAGAGAUCUCAAAGCUGAGGGUGAAAUGGGCCGUGCCGUCGCCUGCUGGGAACAACAUCAAGCCGUCUGCUAUCAAAGCCAAACAGAUGCAGUGAGAGAGGGGAGAGGGCGGAACGCCAGGAGAGGGAAGAGUGAAAUGGGUUGUGCCAUCCCCCUGGGAACAACGUCAAGCCGUCGGCCAUCCAGGCGAAGCAGAUGCAGUGAGCUAUGGGAGAGCUGAGAUUGAGGGAGAGACCAGGUUCUAGGAGAGGGACGAGGCGAGGGCAGAAGGGUUUUGAAGCUGAGAGUGAAGUGGGCCGUGCCGUCGCCUGCUGGGAACAAUAUGAAGCCGUCUGCCGUCAAGGCGAAGCAGAUGCAGUAGGCAAGCAAAGGGAGGAGGCGGAAUGGCAGGAGAGGGAAGAGUGAAAUGGGUUGUGCCAUGCCAUCCCCGUGGGAACAACGUCAAGCCGUCUGCCGUCAAGGCGAAGCAGAUGCAGUAGGCGAGGGGAGAGCUGAGAUUGAGGGAGAGACCAGCGUCUAGGAGAGGGACGAGUCGAGGCGAAGGAAGAGAUGGAGAUCUCAAAGCUGACAGUGACAUAGACCGUGCCGUCGCCUGCAGGGAACAAUAUCAAGCCGUCUGCCAUCAGAGCAAAACAUGCAGUGGUGUGAGUUAGGGGAAAGCUUGUGUAUGUUGAGCAAACAAUGAUAUGCUAGUGUUAACGUGAGAAGGAAUGAUAACUAGAGGUGGAAACCUAGAACAAAUACUAGUUGGUUGUACUCACUAGAAGCAUACCCCAGUCUAGUCUAUAACUUCUACAUAGCUAAUAUGUAUAAGUUGACAGCUAGUUCCUUCUGUGUGCCUUCACUGG